AUGGCACCAAAAUCAAAGUUGGGGAGACGUCCUUUUAGCAAUACAUCUCAGGCAUUUGCUACAAAGUUGCAGCCCUUAUCUUCUACGCCCCCUACUGGAGAUUUGUUAACGAAAGAAUUUCUUUUUGAGACUCUUAAAGAAUUUAGAGAGGAGAUGAAGCAACUUAUUACAGACUUAUGUGAUAAGCUUGAUACCAAGAUUGCUCAAACAAAGGAGGAUAUGGUCGGACUUGUAACUGUAUUGACAGAUUAUGUUGCUGGAAUGGAAGAUAAGUUGGAGCUCCUGGAGGAAGCCAACACCAACCUGACAUCUAAAAUUGAAGUGCUGCAACAGAAAGUUGAAAACGCAGAAAAACAACUUGUUAUGACAAAUUACAAAAAGAUGGAGCUUGCAUUAAGAGUUAGGGGAUUGCGUGAAAACGAUCAGGAGAAUUUGAAGCUGACCUUUUCUGAGGCUCUCAAUCGUUUGGUGGGAAGUCCGGGACUCAACUUUGAUUGGCAGAUCCAAAAAAUUUACCGCCAUAAUUCGUGGACAGCAAAACAGAAACAGCUCCCGAGAGAUGUAGUUAUAUACUUUGCUACAAAAGAAUCCAGAAACGCGAUACUACAAGAGCUCUACAAUAAUAGGCUGCGAAUUGAUGGACAGGACCUGAUUGUCUUUAAAGAAAUGCCACCCCAGAUGUUAAGAGCCAGGAGAGACUAUGUCUUUUUAACUAAAGAACUUAGAAAUAAUCAGAUACAGUACAGAUGGGAGGUGCCAUUUGGUAUUACAGUUACACUUGAUGAUCAAAAACAUCGCCUUAAUUCACCUUGCGAAGCUCGAGACUUUUACAAUAAGAUCUUAAAGGCGGGACCUCUUGAAUUACCCGGACUUGUACAAAGACAAGGAGAAGUAGAAGAGAGACAACCAAUCACACAGCUACAAGGCGGGAGGUGUUGUUUCUCCCCUCCGGAGGGGCGGAGGAACAGAGAAUAAGUACUUAGUUAUGCUUCCAAAACAUUUGCUUAAUUUUAACUUGAAUAACUUUGUGACUCUGUCUUGUAUAAAAUGGUAUAGUGGUAU